AUGAUGAAUAUUCACCAAGCAGCCCAAGCAAGACCUGAACAUGUUGUGAUUCCAUUUGGUUUCCUGCAUCUUUGUUACUCCAAGAUUGAAAAUCACACUGAUCUUGCUGCUCGUACAGCUGUUCUUGCAAGUGCUGAACGCCACUGGGGACAAUGUGACCAAGAAGUUUUUAUUGCUGCUGUCAUUGUCAAUCCUUUCUACAAGAUUUUGCCAUUCAAAAAGAUACCUCUCACAACACACCUAGAGGACUAUAUGAGUGGUUCCCGUGACUUCGCGCACAUAGAUGUCUACAAGUUUGCAUUGUUAUCUCGCGCUGAGAAGGAGGGUAUUGCAGUUGAUCCAAUUAAUAUCUGGGACGGACUGUCACAUCCUGGGUCACCACUUAGACCACUUCACUCUAUUGCCCUGUGCCUUCUCUCUAUCUGCCCAAAUUCUGCCUCUUGCGAGCACCUUUUCAGUGUCUUUGGUGCAAUUCUCACGAAAUGGCGAAAUCGGCUCUCAACAGAAACCCUCACACUCCUCACUGAACUCAAGAUAAGCGGCUUAAGUGCCAGUACUGUGACGAGAAAGAGCUCUGCCAAAACACAGGCAACCAAUGAUUCAGAUGCAGGAAGUGAUGAGCAAGAACAGCACAGCAUUGCCUUUGAGAGGCAAGGGAUAAGUCAGCUCGCACACAACCUCAUUCAAGCUGUUGAUGAAGAGGAAGCUGUUGUUGCUGAGGAAAUGAUGCACUCAGCACCUACCACUGAUCCAUUCACUCGUAUCCCUAUCAGUGAUUUACUCGACUACUCUCACGCUGAGGAAUGGCUAGGAUCCUUCUAUAAAACAGCCAUCCAAGGUUUAGAUGCUGAGCUUGAGUUGUACGAGCUUCUCGACUUAGAUGCAGAAGGAAUUGAAGAUCCGGAGUUUCCUCAAGUUGAUGAUGUCCUUGCUGAAUAG